AUGAGGGGCUUUUUCCGGGCAAUUUUGCCCGCUCUUGUUUUUUCACAAGAGACAUUUACUCAGCUUUACAGUGAGAAAUUUCGAUUUCCUGAUGGAAACUCAAGACAACUCAACAUUCCCGUCACGCCAUUUUCAAAAGACUCGGAAAUGGUCCUUCUCGACUGGCAGACUGUCAUCUUCAGAGAUACUUCUUCUUCCGAGGAGAUCUAUUUGUGGAAGUCAACCGACCCCAUGAAUUUUACAAAGCUUCGUGUUCCAACUGCUGAUAUAAAUAGCUCCGAAGACUGUCUGAUAGACGGCCAGCAAGUCAGCUUUUAUGAGAACAUGAUCACCCGCGUUUGUCUCGAAUCCGGCUUUCUUGAAAUAAAACAAUGGCUUCUUGACGAUACAAUCCUCCAGCUGGUUUUCUCCAAAUCGUUCAAAGCAGAGGAUUCAGAUAUUCUUGCGAUCACUCAAAUCGCGCCACAAAUCGUUUUCGUCUCCAGCUCAGAGCGACUGUUUUACUACAAUCUUCUUCUCGACGAAGCUCAUGUCGUCAAUGAAUACUUUGAACCAGUCACAAAUGUGAUUUUGAAGUCGCAGCCUGAUUUGACGGAAGGGCAAAUCUUUUGCCAUUUGGCAACAGACCUUGGAUUCAACACAACAAAUUUCUAUGUCGAGGAUCUUCUGGAGGAUAAAAGCGAGUACGUCUUCGACUGGGAAUGGGACAGGACUCUGCAAACGACAGAUGGAGUCAUCACCGACUUUGACUUUGAAAUUACCAGUUAUGCAAUCAGAAAGAUCAUGACCGUGGAUGUCGCAUCUGUCAAUGUUAGAUACGCUGAUGGGUCCUGGUGGAGGAUGGGGAGUACCAAACAAGGGGUGCCUUUUGGGAAUGCUACCGCCGUAGGAGUCAUUGAUUGGGGCAAAUAUCAGCCGGACUCGGAAAGGAGAUUGGAAACGAUAUCAUUCCAGGAUCCCGGGCUCGUCGCUUUUGUUGGAACAAAGUCGGGAGUUUUCUUCCUCGAAGAAGGAAGUUCAUCCCCCUGGCGAGUUCUUGAAGGCUAUCGCUGGCUUGUUGGUAACGAAGUUGAAGCCCUUAAUAUUCUAUGGCCUGAUUAUUACAGUCAAGGAGCGUUGGUCAAGACCACGGAUGGAUUGAGCUGGAUAACGGUGAAUAAAAAUCAGACCUUCGAAGACAAAUCCGACAAAGUCCUAGAAGUCUACAACUCUGGUCGCCACGGACUAAACCUUCUAGGCCCAAAUCAUCCGAUGCACGGACUUGUUUCUUCAAUCGGUUAUCCUGAGUUCGGAAACCCGGCGAAAAACCUAUCUCAAGGACCGAGUGACAAUGAUGGUCUCUGGACAUCAAUGCUUCUUGCCGCGGAGAGUUUUCGAUAUUCCGUUACUGGGGAUGAAAGAGCGAAAGCAAAUGCCGAGCAUAUGUACAGUGGGACUAGGCUCUUACAGGAUGUAACUGGGCAGCGAGGACUUCUAGCUCGCUGUAUUUCGACGUCAUCAAACAACGACCCAAAAUGGCAGAAAUGGGAACCAAACGAACUCCCCUGCGACCAAUGUGAAGAACUUUGGUGGAAAUCGACAAUUUCUCAGGACAGUAUCGUCGGCCACAUGUUUGUUGAUCCAAUCUACGCUGAGCUAGUGGCAGAAGAAGAGGAUAAAGAGUUUGUCAUUCGAGGAUUUCUAGAUAUUUUGGACCGGAUUGUUGAGAAUGGCUACACGAUGCCAGAUUACGACGGCGUUCCUACGAAAUGGGGCCACUGGGAUCCCUAUUCGAUCAACAACGAUAUGGACAGAUAUUCAGAGCGUGGCUUGAACUCGCUUCAAAUUCUUUCCUAUCUUGCUGCCGGCGAAGUUUUGGCGAAAAAAUAUGGAAUCACGGCGAAAAAUGAUUACAUGGCGCAUUUUGAUUAUCUUUAUAAUGAGGAAAAUUAUAAAAGAAAUCUUGGAAAUGUCAAACUUCAGGCGACGAGCGAGGAUAAUUACAGUGACGAUGAGCAGCAAUUUUUGGCGUUCUACUUGUUCUAUUUCACGGUCAUUCGUGACUCUCAGUUUUCAAGUUUAGACGAAAAAACAAUUAUGGUCUUCAAAAACUCCAUCUACAAAACCUGGAAACACGUCAGCUACUCCGAAAAUUCUGUGAUGGCGGGAAUCUUUCUCGCACUUCUUGGAGAAGAUGUUUCUGAUGAAGAUAAGAAGCUCACAAAAAACAUUCUUAUCAAAGAUUUGGUGAGAAUGCCAAUUUCCCAAGUGACCUGGGACUAUAACGCGACCCCGGGAGAGAAUCGAAAGGACAUGUACUUGGACCCGAAUCAAGAUCGUUGGGGAGAUUAUGGCUCUCACGUGACCGUCCCGAUUCCAAAAGACGAGCAAGCCUACCUUCAGUGGAACAAAGACCCGUUUAUGUUUACCGGCUCUGGCGGCAACCGAGAAUACCCCGGAACUGUUUAUCUGCUUCCUUACUGGCUUGCUAGAUUUGAAAACAUUCUCUCUUCUUAG